AUGUUAUUAUUAAGUAAAAUCGAUUACGGAAUUUACAUUUAUGGCAGUUCCCCAAAAACAACGCUAAGAAUAAUACAACCAAGCUACCACCAAGCAGCUAGAAGGAGCAUCAACGCCUUUCCUACAACACCACUCAAAAAUAUUCUGGCGGAAGCAGGUCUUCCCUCUAUUGAGCAACGUUUCGAACAAACCAUCUCGAAAUUAGUUGUAAAAUUGGUCUUCUCCACAAAUUCAGUUAUCGAUAAAGACAUUCAUCAAGCUAUGAACCUUAAGUGCAGGAAACGUAUUCCAUCUGCUUUAAAAACAAUCCUCGACAAAGCUCGGGAAAUGGAUAUACCAACAAAAACUACAAAAUACUCAACUCUAUCAUAUCCUCCAUGGAGUAUAAAAGCUAAUUCAUUUGUAUUGAGCCUCGCUCACUACAGUAAAACAAAUACAAGCAAUGCAGUAUACCAAUCACUGUUCUCAAGUAUUUCAUCAGAACUUAAAACUAAAGGCUGGAAAUUUAUAUUCACUGAUGGAUCCAAAUCAAAAGAUAAUACAUCAUUUGCAGUCACAUUUGAAGAUGGCCAAAUCCUCAAUAUUGGCAUCCUCCCGGAAUAUGCUUCUAUUUUCACCGCAGAAGCGUUUGCUAUUCUGCAAGCAACCAAAUCAAUAAGGAAUUCCAAUGAUAAGUUCGUAAUAUGCUCUGAUAGCAUAUCAGUCCUGAAAGCAGUUAAAAAUCCAAACAACGAUUCAGAUCUUAUUUCCGCGAUAAGGAACAAGAUAAUAAUGAAGCCGAAUAAAAUAAAACUGAUGUGGACUCCAGGACAUUCUAAAAUACGUGGAAACGAAGAAGCUGAUAAAGCAGCAACCUCUACCAACAAAUCACCAGUGUAUAAAUUCAAUAUAUACACCAAAAAAGACUUGAAAACCCAAAUACUGGACACCUUGAGACGAAAACAAGAAAUCGAAUGGAGCCUAUACCACCACCAUUAUAAAAAAAUUAAUGAACAUAAAACCUAUCCCCAAUACCCUACAAACGUAUCAAAACAAAAAAUCUCUAACUACAUCCGCUUAAGACUUGGUCACACUUCAACAACUCACAAACACCUUCUAAAUAAAAACAAUCCACCGAUAUGCUCCACCUGCAAUACAACCAUGAGUUUAACUCACCUCCUCGAAAACUGUCAAUCAUCGAAACCUGCUCUUUCAUCAAUCUUCAAAAAUAUAUCAAUCUAUGACGUAUUGAAAAACCCCACCAGUUCAAAUAUCGAAAAUAGCCAAUAG